GCCGGCCGUGAGGGAGGUCAGGAGCCAUUCUGGUAGGUAUAAGAACCUUGCACUCACCGCUCGAUCAAUCUGUAGGAGUACCAACGGCCAUGCCUGUCUUCAAGCACUUUCUUCUUGCAUCUGUGACCUUGUCAGUGGGGGUGUCCGCAGCCCCAAAGAAGACCAAGUUCAACUGGCACGACACGAAGCAUGUAAUAGCAUUUGGUGAUUCGUACACAUAUGUACAAGGCACAGCUGGCCGACAAAACUCGACCUUCAUCGGCGACUACUUCAACUUUCCAUUUACGGAAGAGGAGUUGUUGCACAACAAGAUUGUUCAAAAUCAGACUGCGACGGCUGAGGGAGGUCCAAAUUGGGUUGAGUAUCUCACGGACUGUGGGCUGAAGCCAGGCCUCACAUCACCACUGUCAUGUAAGACACAACUCUGGGACUUUGCAUUUGGUGGCGCCGAUAUCUCGACCAAGUACACACCUCGUCACCACAACUACACGGUCAUGCUAGAAGAACAAGUCCAGCAAUUCCUCACCUAUGCCCAACCCACCCUCAGCAAAAUUGUCGAUCCCUCAAGAACACUAGUCGCUUUCUGGAUUGGCAUAAACGACAUCAACGAUAGUGCCAACUACGCCGUCGACUUUCCCAGUUUCUACGAUCAACUCAUCAGCACACUUUUCGCAUCGGUCCAAAGUGUGUAUGAUAUCGGAUACCGCAAUUUCCUCUUCAUGAAUCUACCACCCUUGGACCGCACACCAGGAAACGUCCUCAAAGCCACCCCCUCCCCCAACACCACCAUGAUAAACUGGUGGGACUCCUCCUUGACCUCUCACAUGCACACCUUCGCCGCCAACAAUCCAUCCGCCAAUCCCUUCACCUUUGACGUCAACACCUUCUUGAACAAUGUCUUGGAUCACCCGGAUAAAUACAACAUCAAGAACGUCACGGGAUAUUGUGCGAGUUACAAUCAACCAUAUAUCAAUGAGGCGCCGGAGAGUUAUGGAUGUUUGCCGUUGGAUGAGUAUGCGUGGUUUAACAAUGGGCAUAUGACUUCGCAUGUGCAUGAGAUUUUGGCCAAGGAGGUUGCACAGUUUUUGAAGAAGCAGUAGUUGAAGAUUUUGAUAUGCGAAUAGUUGGAAUACUUGAAGUGAAUUGUUUCGCAC